UCUGUAUCACUUUACUGUAAGACAAUUUUAAGUGUGAAUUCCUUGUUCUAAGAUCAGCAUUUUGUGAAAACAGGAAAUGACAGAUACUAAAGGCAGAAAGACAUCAAAGACAAAGUAGAAAGGGCAAAGUAGGCAUGAGAAUCAGUAGAACUUAACAUAGACAGAACAAAUUUCAAGAGAAGUAAAGAAGUAUAAGUGAAGUGAAGCUGAAUUCAUUCCAGGAUGAAGAUCCUCCUCAUCAUCAUCCUUUACCUGAUAUCAGGUCCAGUAGACUGCUCUGAUGUGAUUGGUUACUCAGGUGGAAGUGUCCUUGUGUUCUCUGAUAUAAACUGGUACAAACACAAUAGUAAAUAUAUCUGCAAAGUAAAUGAAAAAGACUGCACUGAUAUAAUACGUGUUGACACCAAACGCCACCAAGUUCAAGAAGGAAGAUUCAAGUUGUAUGCAAACACAAACAACUUCUUCUUAGUAUUGAUCAGAAAGCUGAAGCCACAAGAUGCUGGAAUGUAUAGAUUUGGACUGGGGGAUCAGAGCAACUUGACCAUGAACUUAAAAAUGUAUAAUAAUACAUCUUCUGGGUUGUCAAAAAUAAUGAACGCUUAUCUUGGGCAGAAUAUUACCAUCACCUGUAACUAUCCAGGGGAGUAUGAGAGAAACAACAAAUAUGUCAACACAGUGAAUGAUGACAUUAAAAUUAACAGAAUUCUUGAAACUAACACAAAAUUUCAGAACGGCAGAUUCUCCAUUUCUGAUGACAGAAGUGCUAAAGUUCUCAGUGUGAACAUCAGGGACGUGAGAGAAACUGAUGAAGUAUUUUAUUUAUUUGGUGUGCAUUAUGGAGACGGAUCAGUCACAUAUAACACCUACUUUACACAGGUGUGGCUACAUGUUACAGAACUGAGCAAAAAAACUCCCACAACAACAGACACCGACCUGACGAACUCAACAGCACUGAUAGAAACUCCAUCUGCAGUGUGUUUCACUUCCUCUGUUGUCAUCAUCAUCAUCAUCAGUGUGUGUGUCUUUGAGACUCUGCUGAUCGGAGGAUGUGGUCUAAUGAUCUACAAAGUGAGACAGAAGAGAACACAAGAUAAUACAACUUCAUUCAAGAGUACAAAGGAUAAACAACUUACUCCUGAUUAUAACACAGAUUCAGCUCCUGUGUAUGAAAACAUCAAAAUGAGUGCAAUUUAAAACUGCACCAGAGAAAGAAUCAGUCAGAACUUCCUGCUCGAGCUGCUGAACUCUGUUGUGCUUAAUGUUCUGAGCUGCAUCAUAGUGGCUCAAAUCUCAACUCUGUCUGUCUUCACUUCAUUACUGUACUGUACUGUACUGUGUGUGUGUGUGUGUGUGUGUGUGUGUGUGUGUGUGUGUGUGUGUGUGUGUGUGUGUGUGUGUGUGUGUGUGUGUGUGUGUCUGCUUUUGUUUUGUUAAAUAUAAAGUUAAUUGUGAGUACAGCGCUACUGAGCAAAAAUUUGCUGAAUAAGUGCUGCAGAAGAAUUCUUUCAAAAAUAUAUACUUUAAUUUGUUUCAUUUUACCAAUCUACAAGAUGCAAAGUGAGCAAAGAAAGAAAAAUCUAAAUCAAAUCAGUGUUUGGUGUGACUACUGUUGUAAGGCCCUGGCAGGUACAGGAUGGUGUUAGGAAGCUUCCUAGGCUCCAAUUCUGGUUCUCAGCCAACAAACCCAAAUGAAUACAAAGAUAUAUCUCAACCAAUUGUUAACUUAUCAGUCAGAAGACAGACAGAAAUAGAUAGUAAAAAGAGAAGGAAAAAUAGGUAAAGAAAGGAGAGAUGUAAGGCAAAUAGACAAAGGAAAAUCAAUGUAAAAAUACAAAAAUUUGAAGAGUUGGUUAAAGAGUUGAAAGACUUAAAUAUGAGCGACUAAAAGAAGAUAAUGAGAGAUCAGUACCAAGACAGCUGGAAGAAGAAUCCAAAAGAAAGGAAAACUAUAAUAUAGUGUAAAGUUUUAUUUUCAGAAGUUCAGGAGAACUCUGAAUUUCUUUCAUUUUUCUUAUGUUCAUGUAUUCUCCUAUAAUAGAAUUGAUAAGAUUAAUAUUGUUUAUUUUGACUGUAAACUUAGAUGAUUAUGUUUCUGGCAGUGAAAUCUUAAAAGCGCAGUGUGCAUUCAUGGGUGAAAUCUGCAAAUUAAGUGUUUCAACGCUCACUGUCGAAAAUUCAACAAGAAAGUUUCAGUCAUAUGUCACAGCUUUGCAGCUGCAGGAAGUUAACUGCAACCAUAUAAAGAAUUGUUUAAAGAUGAGAACAAACAUGAGUAGCACUCUGAGGGUCACAGACGAGAAAUGUUUGCAGGACGAAAUUUUAUGUUUGCUGUCGAAAAAGCCCAAGGGGUCCAGACUCGACUCGAGCGAAAUCCAACUUGCAAUGUUACAAAGUGUAUAUAAGGCCCAUGAAAUGUCAUCUUGGUGUGCAUUCUAGUGUAGGCAGCCUAAGUGCAUGUUAUACUCUAUAGGCUGUCGCACCUGACAUUCAGUUGAAAACCACGUUUAAUAGGUCGGUACCUAGACUGCCGUACUACACAAGCAUGUGCAAAUGAUCAUCAAUUUCAUAUGUAGGUUGAAACAUACAGCUGUGUAGGGGCUUCAAUCUGAGAAAGGAACAGACAAACUCUGCUAAUAAGGUGAAGUUGUGGAAGACAGUUUCAUGUCACAGGUCAUACACCAUGGCAAGACAAAGCAAACAGUUUGUUCUGAAAGAAACAGCAAGUUAAAAAUCAGGAACAACAAACAACAAGGGGGAGAAAAACAGAAAAAAAUUAAAAAGUUUUUUCUAGGAAAGUGAUGAAGCAGGAAACAAAACAUCAAACUCUGAGCAAAGAAACAGGUUAAAAAGAGCUACUUAAAUAACACGAAUAAAAAAAACAAAAACAAGAAAAAACGUUUAGUAGUUGGCCUGCUGGUUUUCUGAGUUCAAAUCCCAGGUCCACUAAGCUGCCAAUGCUGGCCCCUGAGCAAGGCCCUCAAGCUUCAAUUGCUCAGUUGUAUAAAAUGUAUUUGUAUAAAAUGUAGUUGUAUUAAAAGUCUCUCUGGAUAAGGGUAAGUCUAUCUGUCAAAAUGUCAUGAAUGUAAAUGUACUGCUAAAACAUUGAUCAUUCAAUGAUGGAAACUUUAUUAAAA